AUGGGAUAGAAUUAAUGUUGUAUUAUAUUUUUAAGGCAAAUUAACUGCUAAAAAUAAUAGUUUUGUCAUUUUGUUUCAAGCCACUUAAGGAAUUGUUUCAAACACAUUUAAUUCUAGAAUUGGGACAUUACUGUUGCUAACUAGAAUUGUUUGGGUGUUUGUGUUGCUGUGGCUGUGGUGUCAUUAUUUAUGAAUAAGAAAGUGAAAUCAAGUGUUGCAUUUGAAGGAGAGUUAAGUCUCAAAGGAUCUAUUUUUAGACAAUGCAAUCUGAGAGAUAGCAUCAUUUAGACAGCAGAAUCUGGAGUUGAGAGGUAAUAGCAUAAUUUAAUUGAGUAGCAUCAUUAUUCCAUCUUAGAAUGUGGGGGACAUUUACAACUUAGAACCUUCUAUUAAAUAGGGAAUUAGAUUAGUCGAUCACAUUGAGGAGGUUUUUCAAUUGGCAUUUGAAGAUGGAUUUACUUACUAACACUACCCUAAUUUAUGA